AUGCAACAAUUUAGGGAGGUGAUUGAUGAGUGUGGAUUCAUGGACUUGGGGUUUGAUGGCUUGAAGUUUACUUGGAGCAAGCACUUUGAGGAUGGAAGAUCAAUUUGGGAGAGAUUAGAUAGGUGUUUGGUCACAAAUAGCUGGUUCAUGAGGUUUGUAGGUUUAAGAGUGUUCCACUUAACUUGUAUGUCAUCGGAUCAUGUUCCAAUUCUCAUCUCACUCUCGGGUUUGAUUCCACCGGUUUGGAAAAAAUUAUUUCGUUUCAAACAAAUGUGGCUUUCAAAUUCAAGUUGUGAGGAUGUGGUGUUCUCAGCUUGGGGUAGUGGGAGUGGGCAUGGUGAUGGAGGAGAUAUUUUGAGGAAAGUGGAGAGGUGUGGGAAAGAUUUGGGGCAUUGGGAGAAAAAUGUUUUCGGUAAUGUAAAAAUGGAGUUGAAUCGGUUAAAGAAGGUUUUAGCCAAAGAGGAAAGGGUUGCAAUGUUUAGUGGGAACAAUUUCCAGGUUAGACAAAUCAAGAAAGAUAUUGAGAUUUUACAAGAGAGGGAAGCUACUAUGUGGGCCCAACGUUCUAGAGUUCAAUGGGCUAACCAAGGAGAUAAAAACUCAAAGUAUUUCCAUUGUUGUGCAACAAAGAGAUUCUGGAAGAUCACCUUGGAAGAAAUUAGAGAUGAGGAAGGGGUAUGGAAAACUACUAAAGAAGAUGUGGGUGAAGUCAUGGUAAAUUACUACAAGUCACUAUUUACUUUUAUAGAGGGUAGUGUUUCCGCUAGCAUGCUUGAAUGUGUGCCUACAAUGAUUGAUGAAGAGAUGAAUGCAGCCCUAUGUAAGGAGUUUGAGGCGUGGGAAGUCAAUAGUGCCCUUCAACAAAUGACUCCCUUUAAAACGCCUAGACUUGAUGGUGUCAUUCUGUUGUGGAUGAGUCCUUGCCCGGAGUUGGGAGAGGUUUGGGGUGUGGGUGAAGAGUGGUGUCGCUCUGAGGUGCUAGCUGCUUUGAAGGCAGUCACUCUUACACGUGAUUUGGGCUUUCAAAAAGCGAUUCUUGAAGGUGAUUCUCUUGGUCUGAUCAAAGCAUUGAAAUCAACAGAGGAUAGCCUUUCUCCAAUAGGUCUACUGGUAGACGAUGUGAAACGGGUUGCUAGUAGUUUUGAAUGA